GAAACUUGAAUUUCCCUCGGGAUUAAUAAAGUUACUAUCUAUCUAUCUAUCUAUCUAAGGCGGCUUUUAUUUUGAAAAGACAGGCGCGUCAAACAGGAGAUGCUGUAUUAAAUGUGGGACAUCAUUCAUGAGCUGUUGUCCUGCGGUGGGAUGAUAACGGUGUUGAGGUUCACAUACUCAACACUGAGCAGCGUUAUUCUGAACAUACCGGUAUCUUAACAAUGAGGUGACGCUUACAAAAGGUAGGUUGUGAAACUGUGCAAGACAUGCCUUUUUUGGAAUUCAUAGCUGGGAGCAUUGCCGGUGCAGUGGGACUGGCAGUUGGACAUCCAUUAGACACUGUGAAGGUGCGCCUGCAGGCCCAGUCUGUGUAUAAAGGGAUAUUUCACUGUAUGGCUAAAACAUACUCUAAUGAAGGGCUCCAUGGAUUCUUCAAGGGCCUGGCUUUUCCGGUGCUGACCACGGGCAUCGCCAAUUCCGUUGUCUUUGGCUCUUACAGCAAUGCCUUAGAUUACCUCACUCAGUCUCAGCGCAGUGACCGCGAUCAAGGCAAGCCGGCCUCUGCUGCACAUGUCUUCACCGCCGGCUGCUUCUCAGGCCUGGUGCAGGUGUUUGUUUGCGCACCCAUUGACCUGGUGAAGGUGCGUCUGCAGGGUCAAACAACAGCUGGCCGAUAUCGUGGACCCUUUCAUUGUGUUAGGGUCAUCCUGAAGGAGGAGGGACCCAAGGGUCUGUUCAGAGGAGGGCUGGCCCUGGCUCUGAGGGACGUACCCUGCUAUGGACUCUACUUUUUGCCCUACGAGGUCACUCGAAAGGCUCUGACCGAGAACGGCAAAGAGCCAGGUACGUUUGCAAUACUGAUGGCAGGUGGCGUGGCGGGCGUGGUGACCUGGGCCUUUGCCACGCCCAUGGACGUGGUGAAAGCCCGGCUCCAGAUGUCAGGGGCCGGCGGCCGGGAGUACACAGGGGUCCUCCACUGCAUGAGGGUGAGCUAUAGAGAGGAGGGAGUGAGGGUCUUUUUCAAAGGACUCGUACUGAACAGCGUGAGGGCGUUCCCUGUCAACGCCAUCACCUUCCUCAGCUACGAGAGUCUGAUGAGGAUUUUAUGUCCACCGACGAGAUGACCUCGCUCUUGACGGUUAAUAGAUAGAUCUACCCGUGGUGAAGAGAUUUGAAUAUACAAACACAAUUUGACUGAAGGUCGAAUAUUCUCAGGGUUACUUAACAUUAUCAGUUGAAACAGUCUCCAUUGAUGAUGAGUAUUGAAUUGUUGUUGAAAUGUCUAAAGUCUGUGAGAAAUAGGUCAACUCUCAUCUAGCAAGUACCUGAUCAUGGACAUCAAAUCCGUUGUACUUGACGAAAUAUGAAUGCGAAUAACUUUGUUGCGGACAGAGACGUGUUUUUCACUAUAGGUUUUAUUUUAUUUCAAAGCAUUUUAUUCCCCUCAACUGGACACAAUCAGUGAAGGAUUUCCUAAUAAAUAAACAAUACAAUGAAUGUA